AUGGGUAAGAUUAUGAAGCCAGGGAAGGUGGUACUGGUCCUUAGUGGCCGGUACGCGGGUCGCAAGGCUAUCGUCGUGAAGAACUACGACGAGGGUACAUCAGACAAGCCCUACGGCCACGCUUUUGUUGCCGGUAUCGACAGGUAUCCACGCAAAGUCCACAAGCGGAUGGGAAAAAACAAAAUCCACAAACGCUCCAAGAUAAAGCCCUUCGUUAAGGUGGUCAACUACAAUCACCUCAUGCCGACCCGUUACUCUGUCGACUUUAGCUUCGAAAAGCUCAGCACAAAGGAUCUGAAGGAUCCCGCCAAGCGUAAGAAGCUGAGAUUCAACACACGUGUGCGCUUCGAAGAAAGAUACAAGAGUGGAAAGAACAAGUGGUUCUUCCAGAAGCUUAGGUUCUAA